GAAUCAAUAUUUAUCAAUUAAAGACAACAAAAAUAUUUUAUUUAACCCCAAAGUCAUAAAAUUAUUGCUUCCUCAAUAUCUUCUGAAAGAUUUUAAUUGUUUUCUACUGAUUCGCUCCACUUAUCUAUAAAAAAUAUGAAAUGGAACUUAAAACAUGGCGCAUAGUGAUAGUAAACAAGCUGAAGUUAAAAUUUCCUUCAUGUGAAAAAUAUUUUCAAAAUACUCCAAGACACCCACACAGCUUACAUCAACCUUUUGCCUGACGGCAGGAAAAACAAAAUGUAAACAAUGGGUGGUGAACACCAGGAGACAGGACCUAGAGGGUAAACCAGCAUCUCAUCUCAGCAAGAACAAUUAUUUGUGCUCUGAACAUUUCGUAAGUUGUUACUUUGAUAAAACAGCGACAAAACGACAAGGCCUUUGAAGGUGUGCCAUUCCUACAGUUUUCAACGUUCCAAAUCCUCCUAAACUCAUACCAUCUCGGCCAGGUCCUAAAUCACGACCACUGCCUGAAACCCAGGAACAAUCACCGCCAUCCACACCACCCCACUCCAAUGACUUCAACUCCAACGUUCCUUGCUCUUCCACUAGUCAUAAACAGGAACAAAGAGAGUGCACGCUAAAAAGAAAACUUAAAGCAGAAAGAAUGAAAACGUGGCGAAUGAGGAAAAGGUUAAAGUUAUCCAACAAAGCUAAACAAAACGCUAUCACUGCUACCACCACCUCAUCAACUGAUGACACUUUAGAAAAUUUGAAGGAACUUCUAAGCCAUUAUUUGCCCGAGAGAGCAUUGAAGUUUGUAAUAACUCAAAUCUGAGUUUCCAACAUUGGAAGCAAGGCACGAAGAUGGACAUUUCAAGAGAAAAGCUUUGCUCUGUUGCUGUACCAUGCCAGCAAAAAAGCAUAUAGUUUACUUUAAAAAAUCUUCCAUCUACCAACCCCACGCACCCUUUCUUUAGCCAUGCACAAUAUUAACAUCCGCUCAGGGAUCUGUGAAAGCAUCAUGCGUUUGUUCAGGAUUAAGGAGAUGCAGAUGAGCACUCAAGAGAAAAUGUGUGCCAUUGUGUUUGAGGAAAUGUCACUGAAACAUGGCAUCAAAUAUGACCAAACCAACGACGAAGUUGAAGGUUUUGAGGACUUCGGUGCAACUGGAGGUUCCAAACUUCAUGCUGACCAUACUCUUGUAUUCAUGGUGCGAGGUUUGUCCACAAAUUGGAAACAACCAAUCCCGGACGUGCUGUCCCGUGGUCCAACAAAAUCAGCAAUCCUCCAGUCAGUCAUUCACAACAUCAAACAAAUAGGCCUCACUCCAAAAAUAGUCAUUUGUGAUCAAGGGACAAACAAUAGGUCAAUAAUGAAAAGGUUAGGGGUUACAACAGCUCAGCCUUUCUUCCAUUUAGAGGGUCUCAAAAUUUUUGCCAUGUUCGAUCCCCCACAUCUGAUAAAAAACAUUCGCAAUAACUUAAAGAGGAACAGGUUUCUUUUCAAUGAUCGGAUCGUCUCUUGGCAGUUCUUUGACAAAUUCUAUGACAUGGACUCUACCCUCCCAAUAUGCAUGGCACCCAAACUUACCAAGCGGCAUAUCUCCAUGUCAGCGUUUGCACAUCUACGUGUGAGUCUGGCAGUGUAGGUUCUCAGCCACACUAUCGCGGCGGGGAUUUCAACAAUGGUGUCUCUUGGGGCGUUGCCAUCUGACGCAAUACCAACGGCAGAGUUUGUUGAGCAAUUUGAUCAGUUGUUCAAUUGCUUCAACAGUAGACGCCUCAACAGUAAGAGCACCAUAGGCCACACUAUCACGGCAAAUUCGCGGCAUGAAGCUUUUGUGCGAGACACGCAAGCGUGGUUGGGCAACAUUGUUUGCAAAAACAAAACGAAAACCCUACCCUGCCUUGAAGGAUGGAAACUCUCCAUAGAGAGUUUGAUACAGCUUUGGCAACACCUGAAAGAGGACUGUGGUUUCAAAUUCCUCCUGACAAGCCGCCUGAAUCAAGACAGUCUUGAGAAUAUGUUUUCAGUGAUACAUGGCAAAGGUGGACACAGGGUCUACCCAGAUCCAAUAGAAUUCCUUCUGGCAAUUAGGAAGACAAUAGUUGAUGCUGUGCUAUCACCGGAGACACUAAAAACUGUAAGGAUGAUCUAAAUACAUUUCUCUUUAGUUUUGAAAUUCUCGUGCCGGAAAGGGGCUAUAACUCUAUUAGAAGUCGGCUACAGAUGGAUGUUCCAAAACCAAUCAGGAAAUUCCUGACAGCCAAAGUACCUGAAUCACUAGUGAUUUCAACAGCAGAGGACAACAUUCUGGCAUACAUGUUGCUUCUAAAUUGUACCAAAGUGUAUGUCCCUUCUGCCAGAAGAUGCUGACACAGGAGAAAAUGCCGGACAAUGCUGCACAUUUUUCUGUGUGAAAAGAAUCACGACAAGACCCAAACGACCGGCCUACACGCACCCUCUGAUGCCUUGCAUCAAGCCCUGGCAGUGGCAGAGACAACAUUUCAGGAAAAUGCUUCUGUACAACUGCACGUCUCUGGCCUAAGAGUAAGUCUCAUUCGCAAGGUCAUGUCAUCGACUGAGGGGAUUGCACUUCAGUGUGCAAGCGACAACCCUUGUGAGGUCCACUUCCUGGCCAUAAACCUGUUUGUGAACAUUAGACUUCAUUUUCU